CACCAAGCAGCCCCGCACCUGGAUGGAGUGAAAGAUGCGGCCCGAUGACAUUAACCCGAGGACUGGGCUAGUGGUGGCCCUGGUCAGCGUCUUCCUGGUCUUUGGUUUCAUGUUCACCGUCUCUGGGAUGAAAGGCGAGACCCUGGGCAACAUCCCCCUCCUGGCCAUCGGGCCAGCCAUCUGCCUCCCGGGCAUCGCAGCCAUUGCCCUGGCCCGGAAAACCGAAGGGUGCACCAAGUGGCCCGAGAACGAGCUGCUCUGGGUCCGCAAACUGCCCUGUUUCCGGAAACCCAAAGACAAGGAGGUGGUGGAACUGCUAAGGACCCCUUCGGACCUGGAGUCAGGCAAGGGGAGCUCCGAUGAACUGGCUAAGAAGGCGGGCCUCAAGAGGAAGCCUCCCCCGCAGGGGCAGGGUGAGGUGCAGACCGCCAGCUCCAUCACCACCACCCCCACGCCCAAGGAGGAGGGCGAAUGCCAGAGCAUGGUCCAGAGCGGGCAUCAGGAGACAUCCAGAUACCUGGACGGCUACUGUCCUUCUGCCAGCUCGCUGGCCUGCAGUGCCUUGGAGGCCAAAUGCUCAGCCUGGGACAGGUCCGACUGCCCGGAGCCCGAGGACAGCAUCUUCUUUGUGCCCCAGGACAGUAUCAUCGUUUGCUCCUACAAGCAGAACAGCCCCUAUGACAGAUACUGCUGUUACAUCAAUCAGAGCCCAGGCAGGUGGGACCAGGAGACGAUAGUCUAGGCGUUCCAUACAAGGGUCCCUGUGUUAUAGAAACAUGACAACACCCAGCUCCUAGUGGAAGAAAGUUGCCUGGCUCUAACAGCCUGCACACCGUUAGAGGUUGAUGUGGUAUGUGAUGGGUAUGCCAACCCCCAGUGCCUGAAAGCCACGUCGAUAGGCAUGUUGGUGACACGUUUUAAGGAAGGUCAGGCACUCUGGAACAAGCAGUGAGUAGAAAAGGGAGCAAGAGUUCCAAUCGCUUUUUAACAAUUUAAACAAUGUUGAAUGUUUUGUGAAAUAACCCAAAAAGUGCUAACCAGCACCUGCUGAAAGCAAGAUAAAUGUAAACUGCGGCUAUCAGGAAUCAGACCACAGGGAGGCUGAGCUACUUUAUGUUUGCAGAAAUUAGAAGGAAAACAAUCAUAAUCAAAUGUUCUGUUAUAUGUUUGCCUGAUAUAACAGACGUUUGCCUAAAGAGAAAAAAAAACAGAGAGAACAGUCACAUCUCUUCUUAAGUGGGAUGAUUUUUGGAGAGCAGGGCGUUAAAGACAGGUGAAUUGUGUGACUGGGUUUGACGGCAAUUUCCUCUACAGACUGGGGGCUUCAAGUUACCUAAAGUGUGACCAACUAUGAUUUUUAAAAAAGAACCAUUUUUGAUAGCCAUAUUAUUUCUUAAAUUGUUUAAAUUUAUUUACUGCAUCUUUAUGAGAUAUGUGGUUUGGUUGGCUAUCCUAACAUUUGCUAUCCUUCAUGUAUACUUUCCUCACCAGGUGCAAAAUGACUUGAUGGGCUAUUUUCAUAGAUUCGAACUUGCUUUCCUCAAGUCCAAAUGGUGGUCCAUAUAUAUGUAGGUGUCGUUGACAUUUCUGGCAGGUGUUGCGGUCAUGACUGAAAGGCUGGCGGUUUGAACUCACCAGUCUCUCUACAAGGGAAAG